AUGAAAGACAUUUGCAGAAUUUGUGGAAGGGAGCUUUGUGGAAAUCAGAGAAGAUGGAUUUUUCAUACAGCUGCCAAACUUAAUCUUCAGGUUCUAUUAUCACAUGUUCUGGGUAAGGAGAUCUUACGCGACGGUCAAGCUGAGUUUGUCUGCAGUAAAUGUGCUUUUAUGCUGGAACGUUUUUUUUCAGAUUUGACACUGUGAUUGCACGGAUUGAAGCUCUCUCUAUUGAGAAAUUACAGAAACUAAUUUCUGAGAAGGAUAGGCUUAAACAUUGCCUUACUAGUCUGUAUAGGAAGAACAAUAAUGAAGAGGGUCAGGAGACCAAAUCUGUGCACAGCACAAUUAAAAAUCUGAAUCGUACAGAUAUCCAGUGCUCAUAUUCUGCACUUUUACAAGAAGACUUUGCAUAUUCUGGUUCUGAAUACUGGACAGAAUUGGAAGAAUAUAGCCAAGCAACACAGAACUGUUCACAUACUGUGAGUACUGGGACUUUUCCACGAAAAUGCCAUUUUUGUUCCUCUUUAAGAGUAGCUGAUGCUGACUAUGAAGCAGUUUGUAAAGUACCAAGGAGGAUUGCCCAGAAUAUUGCUUAUGGGCAUUUUUCCUUGGGUACUAGCACAUUAUCAGACUGUGAGGUUGGGAAUGUCAACAUAUUAGACAGAGAUGGACUGGAUAAAUUGCCUUCAGACCAUUCAGUUGAAUCUCUUACUGAAACCAAAGAUCCAGCCUUCGGUAUGCAAGAAGCAGAGGAAAAAAACAUAGAAACCAUAGGAAAUAAGUUAGACGUUGCAAUAAAUCUUGUUAAAAUGUUAUACUACAGACCAGUUCAUAGCCCAAAGGGAAGCAGAAUACCUAUUAAAAACAGCGUGGUCUUAAAGUCAAACAACAUUCUUACUGGCUGUGACACAAGUUUGUCAAAUGCGGUGACUGGUUUACUGGAUAGCACUGUGGAAUAUUCUAAAAUCUGUGAUGACUUCAUGAUACCUGAUCUUUAUGUCUUGUGGCAAAACAUCUAUGAAGACUAUAUUCCACUUCAUUCCCAGAAUCUUGUUGAAAAACAAAGUCGGGAUGCAAACCAGUAUGGCGCUUUACUUGAGAAACAAGUUUCAAUGCUACAGAAGGCUGAAAUGGAGAUUCAAGCUCUUAAGGAAAAAUUACAGGAGUCUGAAGACACAGUUGAG